AUGGCCACGGCCAUGGCUGUCCCCCCUUUGGCCCCACGGCCCUCGCCACGUCCUAUCGCCGCCUGGACUCCCCCGAAACACCACAUGGAGGGUAAAGAGAACCGUCCUGCUUUAAAGCAACUCCAGCAGACUGCCCAGCCUAACCGCCCGCGAAGAGAACGACCCUGUGACGGUUGCCGGAGACGAAAAAGCAAGUGCGUUCUGCAGGAAUCUAAGAAAUGUGUUCUCUGCGAGUUCCACAAGCAAGACUGCACGUUUGUGGAGAAUGCCCAACCACGUAAACGAAAGGCAGACGAUGGCAUGAAGAGCGAUAGCCCUGCAAAGAAGAGCCCUGCUGUCACCCAACGCCCACUUCCUCCUGCUCCCACUCCGCCCAGGCCCAAGACGGAGUCUGCACCACUCGUCGGCGUGGUCCAGCCCUCGAUGAGGAAACCCUUCGCCGUGGACGAGACGCUGAGCCUGCAACGGCAUCGGCAUUGCAAGUAUCUCGGCCAGACGACUGCUUUGGAUGCAUCCCUCAUCGGUCUCGGCAACUUCAACGACAAGAAUGAGACCGAGUCACGGGUCGGCACCCUUCGGCAAGUCACUGGUUCGGAAUACUUCAGCACACAUGCCGAUGCCGAUGUCCAAAUACCGGACGACGAAGCACGAGCUUUAGCGGAGAUUGAGCAGGUCGUUGGUCCUCAUGGGUCUGCUCUUAUCGAUAUCUACUUUCGCAACGUCCACCCGAGCUAUCCCAUCAUCCAGAAACGUGCCUUUCUCGAUCGACAUCAACAUGGCGAUAGGCGAUUCAACCCACCAUUGCUUGCUGCCAUGUACUUGCUUGCACUGGCAUGGUGGGAUCAGGACCCUGCAGUCUCGUCCCAUUCUAAACCCGACGUCGAGAAGCUGGAGUACAUCGCGAUCACAAGCCUGACCAUCUCGAUGCAACGACCCAAGAUCUCUGCAGUACAAGCUGGCUUGUUACUACUGCAGCGUCCCAAAUCUAGCACAUGGACCUUGACCGUCCAACUCGUCGCUCUGGGACAAGAUAUAGGUCUUCAUCUGGACUGCUCAGACUGGUCAAUCCCUCGAUGGGAGACGCUACUACGAAAACGCCUCGCAUGGGCACUCUACAUGCAGGACAAGUGGAGUGCCGUGAUGCACGGCCGACCAUCACACAUCAACGGCGCAGACUGGAACGUCUCAGCACCAACCGAAGAAGACUUCGACGAGUCCAUCGACCCCCUCCCCACCCCCUCCGAAGACGUCGACCCCCAAGUCUCCAAAGGCCGCAUCGUUUUCAUGCAAAUGAUCUCCCUCACAAACAUCAUGGCCGAAGUCUGCGACACCUUUUACAGCGAAAAGGCCAAGGCAGAAUACACCUCGGCGGGCCGCUAUGCCACCCAACUCGUCCUCAACCGCGCCAAACCCGUCCAGCUCAAACUGAAAGAGUGGUUCGCCAAACUGCCCACCGACUGCAAAAUGGACAGCUUCACCCCCGGCCAGCUCUCCUCCCAGGGCUACCUCCACCUCGCGUACUUCGCGACCGAAAUCAGCAUCCACCGCCGCAUAGUCCAGUCGCUCGACCCGGCGACCUCUGACCCGUACAUGCUGUACAUCUGCCGCUCCGCCGCGAAGACCCGCCUCAUCAGCGCCUUGGACUUCGUCAACCGCCUCAAACCCGAACAUCUCGACGCAUUCUGGUACUUCGCCUCGGCGUCCAACUUCGCCCUCGUGGGCACCUUCGGCGCCUUACUCAUGGCAACAAGCCCCGGGAAAGAGGAAGCGUACUUCUACGCGUGUCGCCUGAACGAGUUCAAAUGGACGUUGACGGUGAGCGGGAAGAAGGCGGUAUGGAUCCACGGCGCGCUGGAGAUGUUGGAUGCGACGAGCGAGAUGUUGAGGCGGUUGCCGGAGAAGCCUUCGGCGACGCCGACGAGUGAGUUGCAUUUGAGGGAGUUUUUGGGCUCGGGAUCAUGA